GUAUUAUUGGCUGCAGUAUCUUGAGGGCAGAUGCUAAGCGUAUUACAUUUAGAAUAAACCAGAUAACUGCAUAUCACGAUGUCGUUUUUGGAGACUGCCCAUUUAUCCCAUCUUCCACAGGACACCCCGGUCCAUGUGGCUCUCUACAAAGAUCUUAAAAACGCAAGUUAUCUGAAGGAACAACUUAUAUCAGGAAACACAAAGUUUCAGUAUGCUUUUCUAGAUGCAAGCACGAUCUUGUCGCGUCAACAUGUCUUUGCGGCAGUUUUCAGGGCUGUGAAUGACUACUUGAAUGGUCGACUGAGGUCUCAUAAUGUCCACUCCGAAAUAGUUGUCUCUCUCAGUCCUACGAAUAAUAUAUCCGAAUCGUUUCGCAGGUUCGGCAUAACCGAUGCUACCAAAGACUUGCUUGUAAUCAAAGUCUCGGUGACGCCGGAAAUCACACAUGGGUCGGUAGCUGAGCAUCUUACAAAGUCUGUGGAGGCUACCCCUGUCUCUUUUGAUGACGAGACUAUUUCCUCCAUGUCCGAUAUUUCUAGAAUCAGGAAGAUAUAUAAAAUCGCGCAAUCUUCAUCAAAGUCUGGCGAUGAUGCUGCCGUGAACGGACAUGUCGUUCGGGAGCUGGAGGUUUCUAUCAUUGGUGCAAUAGCGCUGCGAGGAGCGACAUGAUCGAUUUAUGAGGGUUGUGAAUAUAAAUUAGUGACCAGCUUCCUUCUCGACAAAUGUAGUAUUUGGGAAAUAUCAUUUACUUCGUGCUGCAGAAGGUCGAAAUACCUAAAUAAUGAAAAUAAGGGAGGCCAUGUUCUCCUCCAUAAUAAUUGUAACUAUUAAUAUUCAACUGUACAUAUGUAGGCUAUGAGUAACAAAUAAGUUCGAUAACAGAGCGCCACAAUCAAAAUAUAGUUGUCAC